AUGCCUUCAGAGGCCUCAGAGUCGGACUCACCCGUCUCGAGUUCACCCUCUGACGAACCCAUACCGCAAAGCGAUGAUCAAAUGUUACGUGCGGAUGGGCUUCGACUGAUAUUUCGCGACUCGGUAUCAACCUCCCUCGAGAAAACAGGGGGGAGCAACAAAAGAAGGAUCUCCAGACAAUUGAUAUGGGCGCUGAACUCUGACUGGUAUGUCUGGGAAAUCCUGGCGCUUAUCUUGUCAGCUGCAACCCUCAUCGCCAUCAUCGUCAUCCUCGCCAAGUUUGACCAGCAACCGCAACCCUCCUGGAAGCACGUCUCCCUGAACUCGGUCAUCUCCUGGCUGAGCACGAUCUCGAAGGGAUGUGUUCUGUACGCGAUCAGCGAGGCCCUGGGCCAGUUGAAGUGGGCGUGGUUCGCGCAGGGCACACGGCCCAUGUCGAAUUUCCGGACAUUCGAUGCGGCUAGUCGGGGGUUCUAUGGAAGUGGAGAAUUGAUAUGGACGUUGCGGUUUCGACACUUCGCGGUUUGGGGUAGCUUUGCUGUGAUUCUAGCACUAGCGUUCGACCCCUUCACGCAGAACCUCAUUCAUUACUUCCCAAAUUCAGUGUACGACUCUUCUCAGAGAGCCUUCCUCGCAAAUAGUACAUACUACAACACCACCGGGCCCCCUUUGCAGAACGAUGCCAUUGUCUGGGUCGAUCCAUCCCUCAAAGCAAAUGUGUAUAACUCGCUCUUCAACAACGACCAGUCCAAGCCAUGGGCCACCCCCAAAUACAUCUGCAGUACGAGCAACUGCACCUGGGGCCCAACCGCCGCUAUCGAAGUCCGCGCGCGCUGCUCAGACGUCACAGAUCUACUCAACACAACCUGCACCACCAUCACAGACAGCCCCUUGGGAUACACCGGAAUCACAAACUGCUCAGCGACCCUCCCACUUGCAAAUACAACAGCAUGGUUCCUCUCCGGCAUGGACGUCCUCCAACCCCUGUCCAUCGCAACCGUGCACGCCUCGACAGCGCUGAUCCAUAAGAACGCCACUCUGUCCCCAAUCCAGAUGGUCGUCCCGACCAACCUAACCAUGAAAACCAUGCUUACAGAAAACACCACAAAGUGGCAUGCCACGGAAUGCUCCAUCCAGCCAGUCGUCCACAGCUUCAACGCCACCGUCAAGGACAACAUCUACACUGAAACCACAAUCGACACGUGGGAAAAGAGCCGUGCAACCUGGGACAGCGACACCGAGUCGAAUCUCUCAACAGGCAUGUACUUCGAACCCCCCUGGGGUCUUGAACAAGGCAUCAACUCAAACACAAGCUUCAUGUUCUCUGGUCUUGCAGUUUCCUCGCUCGAUACCUUCUUCCAAGGUCUCUUCACGGGAGUCUGGUUCAUGCGGUCUGCCUAUAGUUCUUCGUUUCUCCCCGGCCCGCUUGAUAUGUAUGCUGCGCCGGAUUUUCUCCGGGCCAUGGCUAUUGGGAACAUCACUGGUUGUGACAUGGGGAGUAUGGAUAAGCUUCAAUGCGCGAUGGAGAAUGUCGCCGCGGCAGUGACGAAGUCGUUUCGUGAUUCAGCGUAUAUUGGGGCAGACUCGGACCCGGUGGGUGCACGCAUGGCGGCUGGACGGGCGAUGGCUAGUAUGACUUUUGUCGAGGUAAGGUGGCCGUGGAUUGUUCUUCCGGGCUUGGUCUGGGUGUUGGGUGUUGCGACGCUGCUUGGGACUAUGUGGAAGAGUCGGAAGGCGAGGGCCCCCAAGUGGAGGAAUGAUCCUGUUCCUCUGUUGUUCUUGUUUCGGGGUCAGGGGUAUGGUGUCGGCGUGUCUGAGAGCGAGGCUGAAGAAAGGGCUGAGAGUCUGCGGGUUAAAUUGGAUCGAAGUAAUGGGAGGAUGGUCUUGAGUUGA